AAAACGGCAAAUAAAUUGAUAAUUUUUUCCGGAAAAUAAUUAAAGCAUAACUUCCAUAUUAAUUAAAUACUUAUUAACAUUUUCACGAUGAUCAUUGAUCGACUAAAGUCUUCAUUCGCGUGACUUACUAUAUGCUGCAUAUUUUUUAAGAGACUUGGUGCUGUACAAUAAGCUGUGUACCCAUCACAUUUAUUGGGUGUUUUUUUAGAUUUAUUCGAUUUCAUAUAGGAUUUAUUACUUAAUUUUUAUUGAGUAAAUAGAGUCGUAGUGCUAUCAAAAGGCUGCGAAUCAUAUUGGAAAGAACAAGAAUAGUGGACGGACGAAGACGAUAAAUAGACAACAAGAGAGAAAAAGUGGAAGAAGAACUCGAAAAUACCUGUUUUGGACAGAAUAAAAUUUCUAUUUCCGUUAUUUUCGUUCAUUUCUGGAUGAUAAAAUAUUUAUAUUGAGAAUAAAAGAUGUCCCAUCACUCUGAUGAUUUGUUACAAGCUGGCUCUGAUUCUUUUUGGGAACUCGGAAACUACAAGCGAACGACGAAACGGAUCGAAGAUGGAUAUAAAUUAUGCACUGACCUUACAACGUUAAUUCAAGAGCGUUCCGAUAUCGAGAAGUCAUACUCAAAAAGCUUAAAAACCUGGUCCAAAAAGUGGGCUGAUCUGAUUGAAAAAGGGCCCGAGUACGGGACAACAGAGGCAGCAUGGAAAUCAAUUCUGACGGAAUCUGAGCGCGUCUCGGAACUACACAUGACCAUAAAAGAUAAACUCUGCAAUGAAAUUAUGCAACAAAUCCGUCAGUGGCAAAAAGAUAAUUAUCAUAAAGCGAUGAUGCAAAUUAAAGAACGAAAGGAAAUGGAUGAUCAGUUUAAGAAAGCUCAGAAGCCAUGGGCGAAAUUAUUAGCAAAGGUUGAAAAGGCAAAAGUCGAUUAUCAUGGAGCAUGCAAAUUGGAAAAGUCAGCACAGAAUCAAGAACGUAAUGCUAAUUCCGACAGUUCGCUAUCACAAGAUCAGCUUAAAAAAAUGCAGGAUCGUGUUCAAAAGACGAAAGAUGAGGUUCAAAAGUGCAAGGAGAAAUAUGAUCAAGCGCUGGCCGAGAUCAAUAAUUACAAUUCCACUUAUAUUGAGGACAUGACGACUGUAUUUACACGGUGUCAAGACAAUGAGGAAGUGAGACUGAAAUUCUUCAAAGAGACACUAUUUGGUCUUCAUAAAGUCCUCAAUCUCUCUGAUAAUAUAGCAUUGCCACAAAUUUAUGAAGAGUUUUAUCAUACAAUAAAUAAUGCUGAUCACAAUAAAGAUUUAAAAUGGUGGGCCAACAAUUAUGGGGUCAAUAUGGGAAUGGCUUGGCCAACCUUUGUUGAAUAUACUGAAGAGUUUCGUGACAUUGCCAAGGGCAUAAAGUCUAAAGAAGCUUUACCAGCUGCCCCCAUUACAUUGAUUCACCAACGCCCAGUGAAUGAGGAUUUGCAUGAUUAUGAGAAUCGUCACUCGAAGAAUAAUCGAGUUUCAGCUGAUCCAGUGCAGAUAAUGAGAACUGCUCCAGAACCUAGACCAACCUCUUUAAUGACAAAAACAACUACCACAACGACGGCGUCUCCAGUUCAAAACAGUUCAGAAACAAAUUCCAUUAAUAGUGCCACGCCAACGAGAGAAUCUCCUGAUUCUCCAGCGAUUACGAACGGAAAGAAGCCGAGUGCGAAUGAUUCUAAUCCAUUCGAUGAUCACGACGAGGAAUGGGAUGAUAAUUCAGAGAAUGUUUUGACGGAUAAUGGCGAGCCUGGAGUUCCAGUUAAAGCAUUGUAUGAUUACGAUGGUGCUGAAAGUGAUGAGUUGACAUUUAAACAGGGCGAAGUGUUUGAAAAAUUGGAAGAUGAAGACGAGCAGGGUUGGUGUAAAGGAAGAAUCAAAGGUCGUGUUGGUCUAUAUCCUGCAAAUUAUGUAGAAUCCGUAUAAAACAAGUCAAAAAAAUAUGUAUCCUCAAUAGAAACGUACUGAAUCUAUUUAGGUCUUCAAUAUAUAGGAAUGAUUUCGGCAUGAAUCCAUAAAAAUUUAUUAUUAUCGUAAAUUUCUUGUGUUUUUAAAGGACUCGAGGCGUGUAAUACAAAAAAAAACCCUAU